GAGUUGCCCCCGCCUGAGGCUUCUCACCUCAUUUUCCUAUUGUUCUGAUAUAGGAAGCUUCCGAGUCAGACCACUGGUGGUCCGUGUACCUCUAUGCGGCUCAAGACAGUAUAUCUAAGACCUCAAAAUUCCUAUCACAACAGCGACCAACAAGUUAAGGCAUGCAGCGUCCUCAAGGCCUCCCCGUCGCCUUUCCUCCAGGAAGCAUUGUCCUUUGUCCUCCCUCCUUGCCAAGGGGAGCCAAGUGAUUUUCAUCUCCCACCGUCCACUUCUCCAUCGCUGCCCUGCCGCUGCGACUGGGGGUGUCUCCUCCCGCUUUGCCUGGAUGCAACCCUCAGCCUACAAGUGGAAACAGAACUAGCCCUACGGAAAAGGCCUUUGCACCUUACUCGGCGGCAGACUCUCCACUCCAGCCUUGAGCUGGCAGAGCCUCCUGUCGCCUCGAACCGCAAGCUGGUGAUUCUGAUGGUGGGCGCUGUCUCAGCUCUCAGCAUCAGCAUCGUGGGAGUCCUGCUGGCCACCUACCUCGGGCGGGCGGACUGCGUCCAGAGAGACGCCUUCAGUUUCCUCCCUCCCCAAGUCAACGUCCAAAACGAAGCGUCUCUCUUGUUGGCGCUCAGCGAACUGGGCGAACAAGGCGUGGCUCCAGGGAUCACCUGCGACUUGAGAAACCACCUGAUGGUGUACCAUGGCCAGCCAGAAGGGUGUGUGGCCCGAAAGAUGGAGGUGUCCGAACCGCUACCCUCCUGCCAGGAACUGGAGGCGUACUUCCAAGCUGUCUUGAAAAAUGCCACACUGGGGAUCACCUCGGAGGUGCAGAUCGUGGGGACCGCAUCGCUGGGCAGCCUCACCACCCUGCUGUGUAGCAACAAGCCCACCUACCUGGUCAACAGUUUUGCACCUUCUCCAAGGCACUCCAUGAGCAGACUUGCUUAAAACAAGUUGGGAAGUUGUGCAGACCAGCAAUCAACAUCUCCUCUUGCCUCCUCCCUGCAAAACCCCAAGACAAAGGACCUCGCCUGAACCUGUCACUAUUGAUUUCCCCCAUAUAGGAAAGUAUGUGGGGAGGGGGCUGAGACCCUGUUUCACUGCAGCUCAAAUUUGUAUGUGAUUUCCCCCCUCCCUGCAACUCCUUGUCAUAACCAAAUCAUUAGCAAUAACAAGAAUGAUAAAAAACCUGAAAGGGUGUUUGUGU